GGAUAUGCAAUGUCGAAUUACUAGGUCUAAGCGGUGUAACAUUUUUUUUCUUUCCACGUCUGUGAUCCGGAGUUGAUUACCUGGCCAGGGCAAGUUUCGGGGGGAAAGAUAGAUAACCAGAUGAGAAGUGGGGGAUCUCGGUAGACAAGCGAAAAAGAAGUGGGAAAGCUAUAUUUAUAUAUUAUUUAUUUAUUCCCGGGUCGGGUCAAAAGUUAGUCGGAUUGAAUAUAGAUUCGGUUAGAAUUUUGCAAUUUCUUCGAAGUCUGAAGAGAAAUUACGAUGGCUGGUGGACAAUCCGAACGGGAAGAUAAAGUCUCGUUGGAGCUGAGUGAGGAAAUUCUUCAGAGCAUGGAAGUCGGCAUGGCAUUCAGAGACUAUAAUGGUAGAAUCAGUUCAAUAGAUUUUCACAAGGCAUCAAGUUAUCUGGUGACUGCUAGUGAUGACGAGUCUAUACGCUUGUAUGAUGUAGCCAGUGCAACUUGCUUGAAGACGAUUAACAGCAAAAAGUAUGGGGUUGAUCUAGUUUGCUUUACUUCUCAUCCUACAACAGUCAUAUACUCUUCAAAAAAUGGUUGGGAUGAAUCCCUGCGGCUUCUUUCAUUGCAUGACAACAAGUAUUUGCGGUAUUUUAAAGGUCACCAUGACAGGGUUGUCUCUCUCAGCUUGUGCUCUCGUAAAGAAUGUUUUAUCUCUGGUUCUCUUGAUAGAACGGUUUUGCUAUGGGAUCAACGGGCUGAGAAGUGCCAGGGUCUUUUACAUGUACAAGGAAGGCCUGCUACAGCAUAUGAUGAUCAAGGGCUGGUCUUUGCAAUUGCCUUUGGUGGAUACAUACGUAUGUUUGAUGCUCGAAAUUAUGAGAAGGGUCCUUUUGACAUCUUCUCUGUGGGAGGAGAUACAUCUGAUGCAAAUGUUGUAAAGUUCAGUAAUGAUGGAAGACUCAUGCUUUUGACCACUAUGGAUGGACAUGUCCAUGUACUCGAUUCAUUUCGAGGCACACUUUUAUCCACGUAUAAAGUGAAGCCAGUUUCAGUAAAUUCCACGCUGGAGGCUUCUUUCAGUCCUGAGGGAAUGUUUGUUAUAUCAGGUUCAGGUGAUGGUAGUGUCUAUGCCUGGAGCGUACGGAGUGGGAAAGAAGUUGCAAGUUGGAUUAGUACUGAAAGUGAGCCUCCCGUCAUAAAAUGGGCUCCUGGAAGUCUUAUGUUUGUGACUGGGUCUUCUGAACUAUCAUUUUGGGUACCAGACUUGUCUAAGCUUGGAGCUUAUGUUGGAAGAAAGUAGAAAUUCUUUCAUCAACUUUGAAGUUCUAUUACAAAGCAUUCAAGGCAGCGCAUUCUGUCAACUACUGAUGAAGUUUGAAGUAAACAGCCAGAGCCAGCUGAAUUUAUUAGUGGCCUUAGGCGAGACAGACAAAAUGGAGCAUGAAGCAUGUUAAUCAUGUAGUGUUUUUAUGUAAAUAAAAUUAAUCAAUUUUUGUUAAUAAUAUGUUUUAUUUAAAGUUGUU